CUAGCUAACUAUUAGAAGUGAGGAAAAAUGGAUCAGCAAAUGGAUGGUGAUGACACUAAGUUAGUUGGGACUGUAUUGAGUUACGUUACACUUCGAUCUUGUGUGCUGUACCACGUUAUGAUGAGUAAAACUGGGAACUUUAGUCAUUCCAAAAAGGUAGCUUUGAUCUGGCUCAUCUGCGCCUUCUGCUUCUUCGCCUUAUUCAAAAUGGCCCUUCACAACUCUUCACAAACACUUUCAUCAACCCCUUUAGAUUCUCCAAAUUCAAACAUGGAGCGAAGAUCGAAGUUGUAUGACAAGAUGGGGAGAGAUCUGGAUGAGCAUGGAGCUGCUUUCCUGAAACAUGGAGAAACCUCCCAAUCAUUGUCUCUUUCAGAUAUCUUCACCCUCAAGGAUGGAUCUGUAACACCUGUUCUGAAGCCGGCAAAUCCUCCGGUGCGAGCUAAUGUAUUGUAUUUGAGCACCGAAUUCUCUGUCCCUAUCGCGGAGGCUGUCAAAAGUAUUUUUAAUCCAUACUUUGAAAAAGCAAUCUGGUUUCAGAACUCUAGUCUGUACCAUUUUAGCAUGUUCCAUGCCUCCCAUCAUAUUGUAGCUGUACCUGCCACCAAAGAAGAGAUAGAAGCUGAAGCAUCUUCUGUGGAAGCUGUUGCUGCAACACUCUGCCCUUUGAAAAUUGUUUUGGAUAGGGUUGUUUUGACUUCCACUGGGGUGCUACUGGGUUGCUGGCAGGUCAUGUCAGGGACAGACCCCAUUACUGUUCGUGCUAAGUUGAAGAAUGUGCUUCCACGUGCACCAGAAAAGCAACUUUAUGAUGCUGCAAUUCUCCACACGUCAUUUGCAAGGCUUUUGGGUCCACCUAGUGCUUCAUCACCUACGGAACAGCUUAAAGCAUCGGAUGAUGUUCAUUUUUUCCACGAGCUAGUUAAUCGACUUAACAGUCAGAUUCGUGGAUUAAAGGCAGUGGUGUCAGAGUUGUGGUACGUGGAGGAAUAUGAUGUGCUUGCCCUUGCACUAAAUGGAAGAAUGAACACUCGUAAAUUUAGACUUGGAUGCUCAGGGGAAUGAACUUGUCUUACACGUCUAAUAAAUUUACUGACUACCAGAAUAUGCACAAUGUGUAAAAGAACCGCAAACUUUUUUUUUUUCUUUCUUUCUUUUACUGAAUUAAAAGUGAGUCCGAAUGAUAUCAUAGGUAGAACCACUAUUAUACAGAAGACUAUGUAUUGUUAAUGUAUGAUCAUAGAAUAAUCUUUUAUACAGUUAAUGUACUCCAAUUUUUCACUGUUCUACA